UGGUGACGUAAAUACGCAGGAGGCGGAGCUGUUACGUUUGAACCGAGCGCGCGACACGGAAGGUUAAAACAAAACAGAAAGAAAAAUGAGUAAUAAUUUUGAAUAAAAGUGUUUUUUAUUAGGAACCGGAUCGUUGGGCGCUUAUUUCUGCUGCUUCAUCAUGCCGAUCCGGGCAUACUGCACCAUCUGCUCGGAUUACUUUGACCACUCCAGAGAUGUCGCAGCGAUCCACUGUGGUCACACUUUCCACUACGCCUGUCUCCUUCAGUGGUUCCAGUCAGCUCCCACUAAGACCUGUCCCCAGUGCAGGAAGCAGGUCAGCACCAGGCACAUCAUCAACAAGCUGUUCUUCGACAUCGCGCCGGAGGAGGAAGGAUCUGCAGCCGACCCCGAGAGCUUACAGAACGAGCUGGACAGAUUGAAAGUGGUUUUAUGUGAAAAAGAGAGAGACUGGAGGGAGAAACAGAAAGCAACCGAGGCUCUGAAGGAGACCAUAGAGAAGCAGAGAGCCGACCUGGACCGAGUCAGGAGAGAGAUCGGAGAGAAGGAGAUGCUCUGUACCACACUGAGAAAGCAGAUGCAGUAUCUGGAGGGUCAGCAGAGAGAGAGUGAGGCGGCUAAAGAGGAGGCCAAGAGACUGAGGACCAAAAUGAAAACCUUCGAAAGCCUGGGCAUGGUGCUGCAGGGUCAGAGGGCCGAGGUGGAGGCCAUGAUCUCGGACAUGGGCGUGGGUCAGUCGGCUGUGGAGCAGCUGUCCAUCUACUGCAUCUCUCUCAAAAAAGAGUACGAGAAUCUGAAAGGAAGCCUCCGGACCUCCAACGAGAUGUGUGAGAAGCUGAAGAGGGAAGUGUUCUCCUCCAAUAACAAGUUGCAGAAAGCCACGCUGGAGAUGACCCGAGCGAAGGAUGACAUGAAAGCUCUUCAGAACGAUCUCAACAACUCGGAUAAAGAGAUCACAAGUCUGAAGAAGAAAGUGGAGAUCCUGCAGAAGACCCUGAGCACUCCCACACGCACCAACGAGGCCAUCAGCCGCCUGGUGUUUGAGAGCCCCGCUCCUGUGGAGCUGAAGUCCCCGCGCCUGCACCGGCCCUCAGACAGCCAGGACAUCGACCUCAACAUGACCUUCGACAUCAGCACACCUGAGCAGGUGGAGAAGAAACCCACGGCCGUUCCUUCUAAGAAGAUGCGUCUGGACUCAGGAGCGACGUCAUCCAGACACGGCGAGAACACCUUCGGGAGUAAGAUCUCACACCCUAAAGAUGAUGACGUUUCUAUGGAGCCCAUGUUCAGGAACUCUCUGCUCUUCAGGAAGAAGAUGUUUGGCAGCAUGCUGGAUCCACACAGCAAACCUGGAGCUGUCAGAACGGGUUACGACGGACUUGGAGGCAGAACCAAAUUCAUCCAGCCCUCUCCUCUGGCCGAGAUCCGGCCGCUGCUCGUGAAGGCCAAGCGGAAGAAAGUAUCGAGACCGGCGACGAGCAAACUGACCCCCAGCCUCACCACGCUGGACGGGUUCCUGGAGUGACCACUGACCUUUCAAACAGAGAGAGGGAGGGAGGUGUGAUCUUAUAUGGACUUUUUCAGGACCAAGAAGCUGAUGUAUCGGUCACAAGGACUUGCUUGUGAUAGAAUUCUUGAUUUUUUGUCCUGGACGCAGCAGUAAAAAUACCUCCAAAGUUGACAUUUUUUUUCUUAGUAAUUUUAUAAUUGUGUAAAUUUUCAGUCAGCUCUUUUAUUUGUGCUUUUUUGGGUGUGUAUUUUUGUAUAUUUUUAUGUCUCGGUUAGUCCUGUUAAUAAAUGAAUUAUUGCCUCGUCCAUUACGC